CAUCUCCAGGCUUCCCUUCCUCUUCCCCCUUCCCCCAGGUCCUGGGAGAAUUCUCCCUGGUAUUCCCCCUCCCCCCAUGCCCCGCCCCUGGCGUUGCCACAAGGGUGGGGGGUGGGGUAGGGGGAGGCCAGCCUCAGCUGUCUGAAGGAUGGAGGGGCUGGGGAAGUAGGGCUAGGUGCCCAGACGGCCGCGUGUGUGGGAGGGGAUGUCCUCAGAUGCCCUCCACCCGGCAGUCCCCGCUCUGACGUGGGUGCCCCCCCUCUCCCCGCCCGGAUUAGUGGCAGCUUGGCCUGACUCUCCGGGGCUCCUUCCCCCACCCCCGCCUGCUGCCUUCCCCUGGGCAGGGGGCUGCUCCACCCGAGGGGCACUGUGCUUGCCCAGGUAAGGGGCUCUGGGGACGGUUUGAGGGCAGCUGGCUCGUGAGUGCUGCUGUGCUUGUCAGCACGAGUGUGCGUAUCAGUGUGUGUGUCAGUGCGUGAGGGCUUGGUGUGGGUCCGGGGCUGGCCCACACACAUCUGGGGGUGCUGGUCAUCUUGCCUUUGUCCAUGAGUCUAGCACGGUGUCUGGGCUUUGUGUGGCUUUCUGUGUGUGUGUCUUUUGUGUGUCUCCUCAGAUCUGUUCUGUCCUGAGUCACAGAACAGCCAGCUACAAUGACUCCAUGGGCCUGUGGCAUGGGCUCUGAGGGCAGGAUGGGAGCCGGGGGCGGGUGGAGAGGGGAUCCGUGCCUUCCCCUUCCCCCACGAACCCCUGGGCAUUUCAGGGGCCUGUUCUGAGAGCCCUAGUCUAGUCCAGGGACAUUGACUUGACACAGCGGGCAUGGCAACUGGCGGUGGGGUGGGGAAGGUGGCUAUCCUGCUCCCAUGGGACAGUCCCCAUCCCUUUUGGGGAUGACAGUGACAGGCCCUCAGGACUCCCACUUUGCAGUGCCUCUUCCAGGCCCCAAGCCGCAGGACUCUCCCACAAGCUGCCGGCUGCUGAGGAGGGAGGCCAGAGGACACAAAUGGGGGACCACGAGCACACUCCAGUCAACCAUUGUCAGCCCUGAAGCCAGUCUGAGAGGUGCUGGAGGAGGAAACCGGCGGAGCAGCUUCCCUACUCAGUUGCGCGUCUGGCGAUGGCGAUCAGAGGUCCCGCUGCGCUCUCUGCCGCGCUCUCUCUCCAUUAGCCGCGCUGCGCUGUGCUGCGCCCUCGCUUGGUGCCUCUCUCCUGAGUCUCGGGAUCGGCCUCCCUUCCAGACACGACCCCCUCCCCCUGCCCCUCGGCCUUUCCCCCAACUCUGCUAUCUCCUACCGGGGGCGCGCGUUCCCCCCGGCCCGGCUCCCUCUCUCCCUCCGGGGGCACCCGCUCCCUAGCCCCGGCCCGGCACUCCCCGCGGCGCAGCACGGAGUCUCGGCGUCCCAUGGAGCAACCCACGGCCUCGGCCCAGAAGCUGGUGCGGCCGAUCCGCGCCGUGUGCCGCAUCCUGCAGAUCCCGGAGUCCGACCCCUCCAACCUGCGGUCCUAGAGUGCCCCCGCCGCCCCGGGGGAACGAGAGCGCUGAGCGGAGAAAGCGAGAGGACUCGCCUUCGCCC